CUGAAAGCACCCCUGGAGCGGCUUGGAUGGAGCAACAAUGACGCCAAAGUGUAUUAUAACCCACGCCACCAGGUGCUGAGGCACUUGCAGAGCAGCCGAGCAUGCGCGAAGAGUCGGACUACGCCCGCCCGCUUUGUCGACGAGGAAGAAAAGAAAAGGGAGAAUUCCCUGGUGACUCAUGACUUGUUUGAGCAAGUGGCCAGGGAGUCCAAAACCAAGGCCACGUUUAACAAAGUGAUCGAAGUGUUCAUCAAGAGAGACAUAAGGCGUCGGGGUCACGUGGAAUUUAUCUACGCCGCGCUGAAGAAGAUGCCUGAAUUUGGCGUGGAGAGAGACCUCGUUGUGUACAACAAACUCCUGGACGUUUUUCCGAAAGAGGUGUUUGUGCCCAGGAAUUUCAUCCAGCGGAUGUUCAACCACUAUCCCAGACAGCAGGAAUGUGGAGUUCAGCUUCUGGAGCAGAUGGAGAACUACGGUAUAAUGCCCAACGUUGAGACCAAAGUCCUGCUGGUCCAGAUCUUUGGAGAGAAGGGCCACCCUGUGAGAAAGUAUCAACGUAUCAUGUACUGGUUCCCCAAGUUCAAGCACAUAAACCCCUUCCCCAUCCCUCAGCAGCUGCCUGAAGACCCAGUGGACCUGGCACGCUUUAGCCUGACUCGCAUUGCCAACGACCUGGAUGCUAAAGUCACCGUGUACCAGCUUCCUUAUACAGACAUGACAGAGAGUGGAGAAGAGCUAACACUUCCACAUAUAGUAGGCAUCCAGAGCCCCAGCCAAAUGGAGCUGCUGGCCAAACACAACCUGAACAGGCCGGUGUUUGUGGAGGGCCCCUUCCCUCUAUGGCUGAGGAAGACAUGCGUCCACUACUACGUGCUCAGAGCCGACCCCAAGCCGCCUGAGGAGCAGGUAGAGGAACCCUACGAUCCAGAGAGGUGUUUUGAUUAUCCUCUGCAACUAGAGCUGGAUUUUGAUCGUGACCUGGGGGACAACGAGGACUUUGACGUCGAGGACUUGGACGAGGGUCCGGUCUACGCUAUGUGCAUGACCAGUCAGGGAGACCAGGCCACCCUCAACCAGUGGAUCGCCGGCCUCCAGCAGAACAACCCCGUUCUGGGUCAAGUCCCAGCCCUUUUCCGCCUAGAACCUGGUCCUCGGGAGUUGCAGGGAGCAGCAGAAAGCGUCUCAGGCCACAGCAGUCGGCCUCAUCCAGACAGCCACGUGGAAAACGCACAGUCUGGGGAAGAUGCUGAAGUCAUACUGGAAGAGGAGGCCAGGAGGAGCCAUGGGAUGAAGCAAUAA